ACAUGAAACGAAUAUUAAGCGCCUUUUUCUUAGGGGAACUAUUAUGUGGUUGGACUCACUUCCGGUAAAUCAUUUGCAGUAUGAAGAAGGAGCAAGUUGUAAAUUGUCAGUUUUCGGUCUGGUAUCCGAUAUUUAAGAAGCAUACUAUCAAAAGUUUGAUUCUCCCACUGCCUCAGAAUGUAAUAGAUUAUUUGCUGGACGAUGGAACACUAGUAGUUUCUGGAGGGGACAACAACACUCAGCAUAAUCAGACCAACAACAGUGACUCAGAGGAGGAAGACAUUCAGUGGUCAGAUGAUGAGACAACCACCACUGUAACAGCUCCAGAGUUUCCAGAAUUCAACUCUAAAGUGCUGAAGGCCAUCAACACCCUAGGUGGGUGUGUCUUUCCCAAACUGAACUGGAGUGCACCGCGGGAUGCUAACUGGAUUGCUCUGAACAGCUCCCUGCAGUGUCAGAGUCUGAGCGAUAUUUUCUUGCUCUUCAAGAGCUCUGACUUCAUCACCCACGACCUCACACAGCCAUUCCUUCGCAGCAGUGAUGAGGAUUCUCCAAAUCCAGCCAUAAACUAUGAGCUGGUCCUGAGGAAGUGGAGUGAGCUGCUACCUGGUGGGGAGUUCAGGUGUUUCAUUAAAGAGAACAAGCUGAUUGGUAUCUCCCAGAGAGACUAUACCCAGUACUACCACCACAUCUCUAAGCAGGAAGCCCAGAUCUGCCACUCCAUCCAGGAGUUCUUCAGCCAACACGUCCAGUAUCAGUUCCUAGAUGAGGACUUUGUGUUGGAUGUCUACAGAGAUAGCUGGGGGAAGGUGUGGCUGAUCGAUCUCAACCCCUUUGGUGAGGUGACAGAUUCACUGCUGUUCACGUGGGAGGAGCUUACCUCCGGGAACAGCCUGUCAGCCAAUCAAGAGGAGGGUGACACAGCCCAGCAGGAAGGCCCUGUGUUCCGCUACACCACCAGUGAUGUGACGGUGCAGCCCAGUCCCUGUCUGAGCUACCGGAUCCCUAGAGACUUUGUGGAUCUCUCCACUGGCGAGGACGCAUACAAACUCAUCGACUUCCUCAAACUGAAGAAACGCCAGCAAGAGGACUCUGAGGAAGAGGUGGAGGAAGAGGUACGACAGUGACAGCCCCUGAGGAGCAGGGUCUCUACACGGUGACUGUUCCCUCAGACUGUUAGCCUAGCAUAACAAUAACCCUAAAACUGUAAGGCUAGCUUUAGCGGUUAGCACAGAGACCACUAUACACAUGGAUGUUUAUCCUUAUCUCUUGAAUCUUCUGAUGGAAUCCAUUCACUUUUGGUCAUCACCUUAGACCAAUCCAGAAUGCUGCAGAUAGAAAUGUUUUGAAUAGAACAAACAACAAACCAUAAUGAGGAGAAAAGCAUCAUGACCGCUCUAUGCGGUACAUUUCUACCUGCAACACUGUAAAAGUCCGGUGUGGCCCGGUGUGUCUAAUGUAAAUAUAAAUACUGUAACUUAACAUUGUGUAAAGGUAAAGGGGAGUCUGUUACAGGUGUCUGUGUAUAGGAAUAAAGAAUGCUCAAAUUUAUAAUACAGUCCUGGGGAAGAGACGUGUCUUAGUUUGUGUGUAUAGCAGGUACAUCAUGGGAUUGCAAUUUCUGAGGGAGAUACCCAAAGGGUCAGAGUUUGCUGACUUAAUCCACUGGACUUUUUCUCUUCACACACACCAAAUGCACACUUUUCUAUGUGCUUUCUGAUGGUUUCAUUAGACACACAUCUGUAUGUAAUAACAAUACAAAGUUUUACUCAUGAAGUCUCUGAAACAGUAUUUCAAACAUUCCAGUUCCUUACUUACUCUCUCUGGUCGUUAUAGUUCUAUCUAUGUUAUUGUAGAAUUAGAAUAUCAUUGGUUUAUUUUCUAUGUGCUGGCAAAGAGAGGUGUUCUGAUUGGGUAAUAAAUUGCUGGUGUGUGCUC